GUCCAGGCUGAGGUUGAUGGUGGGGUGUAGGUUGUUGAAAUCUCUGUGGAAUGUCUCCAGUGUUUCUUGGAUCUGGACGCAUGGCGCCAUUGCGCCAGGACUGCUGUGAACGCGCGUGCCCAUGACGCAGCAGGAGGGGCGCGCGACGGAAGCACAAGCCUCGGUGGGAGUCCACAAGCUGGGCCGUAGGCGCCUCCUCCCGCAGAAGCAACAGCCUCGCGCUCGGGCGUGGGAAAUCCCGCCUCAAUAACAAGACGAGACCCCGGGUGCCCCACGUGACCGCGUUCUGUCACUCCCAGGAUGCCGUGGGCGGGCGCUUUCCGGCCCCCGUGGCGUUGGUUGCCAUGGUGCCGUAACGGGCCUGCAGAAUGUCGCUGUCCGCGCUGCCGCCGUCUCCCGCCCGGGUAUUCGUGGAGCUGCUGGCAGCGCCAAUCGGGGGUGGCGAGCGGGGGAACGUGCCGGUGUCGGGGCUGCCCGGCGGCCGCAGCGCCCCAGCGCCACCCGGGCGGGAGGUUCACGUGAGCGGUAGCGCGGAGCUGUGCGCGGCCCCGGACCGGGCGCGGGUCUCCAUCCGGCUGGGGAGCAGGAAGGGGGAGGCCGGGGAGGCGCGGAGCAGCGUGAUCCGGCGGCUGGAAUACAUCGCGCAGAGCGCCCGGCAGCGCGGGGUGCAGGAAGAAAAUGUGAUAGUGACAAAGGAUUUCAGUAGAGUAGAAAAUGCUUAUCAAAUGGAAGCAGAGGUCUGCAUUACAUUUAGCGAUUUUGGAAAAAUGCAGAACAUUUGCAACUUACUUGUUGAGAAACUGGGUAGUUCUGUUUUUAUCACUCCACCUCACUUCUACCAUACAGCGGAGGCUGUAGAUACCCUUCGACGUCAAGUGUGUCUUGCUGCUGUUGGGAACACACGUCGAAAAGCUCAAGAAGUCUGUCGACUGUUUGGCCAGUCAUUGGGAAAACCACUGCUAAUCAGAGAAGAAGAAAUGAAAGAAUGGGAAGGCCAAAUAGACAGUCACUCAUCCAAUUCCUCAGACACAAUGACUUUGCAGCAGAGAAUCCAAAGUGCCACUAUUUAUGCUUCUUCUAAAGUAUUUGCUAUUUUUGAGAUAAAGGGAAGAGAAAAGAGGAAAAAACAAGUUUAUCUAGAAGCAUCUUAGAGCAUUUUUUAUAUUUGUCUCUGACAAAUCUAGGAAUAAAUUUAUAUACUUUAAAGUACACAUUUAUUCAGUUUUUCAGACUUGCAUCUUUCACUAUAAUCAGGAAAAACUAGUUAAUAAAAUUAGUUCGUCCCUGGCCACCCAUAAGACCAAAUUGUUCUCAGAACUACCUGGAGAUACACAAGUAGUUUUAUUGUGGUUUUUCAAAUAAACCACAAGCUACACUGAAAUCACUGGCAGUUUCCAUGAGAGGAGAGGAAGGUUCAACGUAUUUGUACAGGUUUCAUGCCAUCACUAGGAUUCCUCUCUUUUCUCCACUCUUAUUUACAGAGGGUAGAGUAGGAGGUUCCUGCAUAUAACUUUUUUGUCUGAUAGAUGUGCCUUUAACACAUUUAUUUUCUCUCUUACACCUGGAAAAGACUGAUUAAAUAUUACAUUUCUUAGACAUUAGCCUGUGUCCUAAGAGUUGGUUUAAACAUAUUAGGCAGAGAUAAGUAGCUCAGUGUAAACUCUUUCCAAAUAGUAGAUAUUCACAUUAUAGAUUUACUUACUGCAAAUAUCCACUAGAACUUGCUAACAUUUUAGUCCCAGUUGGCCUCUAUCUAGAUCUGUGCCCUUCAACUAGUUUGAAUAAAUUAUUUUUGAUGAAACAGUGCACUCUAGACUGUUUAGCUUGCACAAAGGCUAAAAUACUUGACGUGCACAAUGUUUGGUGCUAUUAGCUGCAAUGCAGUGAUAUUUAAAGCUUUCCUCCCAAGCUAGUGAGAACUAAAUUAUUCAUUGUCCUCAAUUCACAAUAUUCUGAAUAUAUAUAUAUAGAGAGAGAGAGAGAGAGAAUGAGAGAGAGAGAGAGAGAGAGCACAUUUUACUUUGAGUAACCUCAACAUAAUACAUUACUGAAUAUGAUACAGUCAGCUGUAAUAGAACCAAAAUAAGCCAUUAACAUAUGUUUCAUGCAGAAAUUCAAUUUUAUUUCUUUACUGAAAUAAUUUACAAAUAGGUUUUACUCAUGCUUCAGUUAUGGGGUAGUUUUUUUCAGCCAUGGUUGCAAAAUAUAUUUAAAUCCAUCAUGUCUACUGAAGUAAUCUGUCAGAUCAGGAUGAUGUAUUUGCAGAAAGAAUUUUACAAAUUGAUUGAUAAUAUCAGCAUUACUGAAAAAGGCUUGGUGAUUUAACAGUACUGAAGCUAUUAUUAGUUUUUUUUAAAAAACCUUGAAUAGCUGUUAUUGUUUCGAUGGCACAAAUUCAGUGAAAUUAAGAAGUAGAAAAGCAGGUACUGUACAAAUUUUAGUUUUCCAAGAGGUCGGAGCACUUUACAAAUAAGCCUUACCUCAGUUAGGUUAUUAAAGAUAAGGAAACUAAGUGAUUUGUCCAAACUGGACUGAGUCAGUGAAAUCCAGAAAUAAAGCCCAUCUUUUGUAGCAGCCUGUUCACAACAGACACUAAAUUGAUAUUUUAGAAAAUCCUAAAGUCAUGCAGAUGGACUGUAGGAAGGUGAAAGUAGGCAGCAUUUAAGAUUAUUAGCAUUCUAUACCCAUUGAAGAUAUGUAUACAAAAAUACAGCCGUAUCAUUCAAUUUGUACCUGUACAAUUUAUGUAAAGUUUGCAUAUCUGCUUUUCCUGUGACCUCUCUCUGUUAUUUCAGAAUAUUGACCUACUUAUACUGAGUUGAUCAAAAGAUCUUUGAUUACAAAAGGGUAACAAACAAGUCAAAAUUAAAGAUGACUUCACUCCUGCAAAUAUACUACCUUUAAUCCCAUAAUAAUUAUUUCUUCCUCAGAAAUGUAAGCUAUAGACUUGCCAAAUCUGUUGUCCCGCUGAAUAAGAAUUUGGCAGUGAGGCGUGUCUCUUAGAUCCUAUAAUGUAAAAGGACAAAUAAAAAUAAGCCACAAGGAAGUAUUCACAGACAAGCUCUAUUCCCCUAGCAAAUCAAAUUUUUUAAAAAAGAGUCCUAUUACAAGUUAGCCUUUUGGAAAUAUUUGACU